AUGCCUGCUUCCUCAUGGGUCGAAUGCUCGACCUGCUAUUAUGUGAGCCUUCACCUUGUCGCCGCCUCGUUUCCGGUCCCCUCGUUAACUCAUCUUGUUCGGGAUGGAAGCGAUUGCCGCAGCGGGCGCUCUCUACCGGGGCUGGCCUCAGCAACAAUCCAACUCGGCACAGCUACCUUCCAAUUCUACCAACAGCUGCGUUCCCUCCACAAGGCAAUCAAGCAAGGCAGAAGUGACCUCACGACGGCUGGGAGGAGACUGGGACAGCAUGAGACCUUCAUCGAGGAACUCAAGUUCAACUUCGGCCGCAUACCCGACGGACAGAUCAGCGACGGCCUGCGCGACCUCUUCCGACAGUGCAUAUCAAACUCCGUGGACGAAGUCAAAGAGUUCGGAGAACUGCUACAACACGUAGGAAAGAACCGGUUUAAGGGGAAGUCAUUGCAAGCAAUCGAGACGGACACUCGCCUUCGCUUCAACGAGGAAAGCAUACAGAAGUAUUACAACCUCCUAGACACGCAGAUGGCUCGGUUUCUCUUCUUCGAGACAUCUGCGCAAAGCUCCCGCAUGACUGUCGCUGUACCCGGCGUCGAAGAGACACUCACACGACAUGAAGUGAAAGCCACCGCCUUCUAUUCCUCAUUCGAAUCGACCAUGCAGAGCAUAGAAGCAUCCAUGCUCUCCCGCUUUGACGCUAUCGCGGAGGAUGCACGGUGUGACCGUGACGAAAGAUUCCAACAGGCAACAGGAGCUGUGGGUCGACGACUUAAAUUUCCCAGGUCGCGCCGACCUGCGAGAUAUACUGACAACGAGCAUUCACACGAAUUGAUGGAGUAUGGCAGCAAUUUUCAUUCCCAGCGGGAGUAUCGCACAUUUUGCUGUCGGGUCACGGUAAUGAACCAUUAUCCAGACCCCAGAGGAACCUCGAGUAAAAGCUCAGCAUUCGCUUAUACUGUGAGGUUCGAGCCUUUCAGCUGGAUCUCCAGAAGUCUAGUCGAAUGGAAAUGCUUCAUCAGCGUCAGUGGAAGUGUACCUCUCCUAAUGCUGUCCUCUGUGGCUGGCACGGUUUGCGAGGAUGUCGCCGUGCUCGACGCUCUGGGUUUCAUCCCCUGCAAGCAACGGCAUGCCCGACGGAAGUAUAAAGAACUCGGUGACACGCACUGGCAUGCGAAGAUCCCAGACUCGAAGAAACUCAGGGUCUUGCUCGAUACGAGGCGUAUUUCACACGCGAACAUCCUAGACGUGCCGGAUGUUCGAGGCAAGCGAGAUGUGCUUACUGCAUACAUAAACCUUCUUGAAGAAUUUGAUGACAUGCUAACCAGAGUCAAGGUUCAUCGACUUCCACCAGUUAUGUAA